GAUGACAGUCGGUUCAGAGCCAGCCCGAGCCCCGGCUCCGCGGUGCGCUCUGCGGGCUGGAGGAGAGGGGAAGGGGGUGGGCCGCUGAGCCCAGCCUGCCCACCCCGGCCCCCAGACCCCCGCCCCGGAAAGCCGCACGGCUGCAGGAACCCCUGGUUUGGGGGUGCGGAAGCCCGGCCCCGCAAGGAGACCGUGGGUUGCCGUGGGUGGGCUCGGAGUGGGGGGGCUCCCCCGGGCCCUGAAGCGGAGGGAGAGGGGUCCCGGGGACCCCUGGGGGGACCGACCGGCGUCCAGAGCCUCCGGCAUCGACCUUCCGGGGCCGGGAGGGUCGAGGCCGGACUGGACCCCACCGAGGGGUCGGGGACGGGGAGAAGGAGAGCAAUGGUCUGCCCUCCCGCUGCAGGGGGUCGCGUCCCUGGGGGCGAACAAGUCCCCCACCUGCGCCCACCGCCCCCUGGCCUGCGCUGGACGGAGAAGGGGCCGCGCUAGCCCGACCCCACGGGCUCUAAGGGAAGAAGGGACAGAGCCAGCCCCUCUGGGCCGGAGGCCGGAGGCCAGAGCGGCCGUUCUUCCCGUUUUCAGCUGGUCUGGCCGCUGUGGCAGGUCAAGUGACCACCCCCGCUCCGGUCGGGUCCCGCAGCUCCGGAGUGGGGGGUAUUUUGAGUGUCGAAGCUCGUUGUCCCUUCCCGGGACGCUGCCCGGUCCUGAUGACCCACUUUGGGUCACGGUCCUGCGGCCGCCCCCGAGCCGGAGGGAAAGGAGCCGGAGAUGUACAAUCCCAGAGACGGGACCCUCCCCACACCCCCGGGGGGAAUCCUGUGGAUUUGGUGUCCGCUAGGCCCCGAGACCAACGGUCAGCGGCGGGCAGAACGGAGCCGGGCCCGGCUGGGCACGCACGCACUCAUACAAUCUCCUGGCUCUUUCCAGGCUUUGAGAUGUUGGAGCGCUGCAAUAACAAGCGGGACUCGAAAUGUGUGCCCUGUCGAGAGGGAUUCUUCAACGAGGCUAUGAACUACUACAAAUGCAAGCCCUGUAGCUGGUGUUACACAGACACGGGGAGUCAGAAAUCGGAGAAUUGCACCGCCACCAAAGACACGGUCUGCCACUGCUCUGAGGGCACCCAACCCCGCAUGAAUGGACGGGGCCCCUCCGGAACAGAGUGUGUUCCCUGCCCACCAGCAUACUAUUCCCCUGGAGAGAACCGGAUAUGCCGCCCCUGGACCAACUGCACAGCUGAGGGAAAGCAGACUCUCCGAGCAGGCACCAGCAAGGCUGAUGCCAUCUGCGAGGGUCAGAGACCCUCACGGGCUCCCCUCCCCCUGAUCUCCCGGCACUCUCAGACGACAGCAACGCAAGUUAGGGGACUCUUGUCCACAGGACCGCAGCCCACCAGCCAACACCCUCUCGAGAGCACCCAAGAACUGUUGCCCUUAGUGCUCGUGGGUCUGACGGUGCUGGUGGUGUCCGGCCUGAUCACGCUGCUCCUCACUAUCUACGUCUCCAGGAGGAGGGAAGAGCGGCCACCCCCUGAGUUUGGGCGUCAGGAGGUGAAAAGCUUCCGGGUCCCAGUCCAGGAGCAAACCGAUGCCCACUCCAGCCUGGUGAAAAACUGAGGGGUCCGUGGGCUAGUGACCCCCAGGCUCGGGCAGAACCUGCCCCCCGCACUGGACAGUGCAGCUGGAGAAGUCCAAGGACAGGCUGAGCGACCAGAGGAGCCAGUCACCUGCUUUAGCUUCCUGCCACAAACGCCGUCCCAAAGGACGGCUGGACAGGAAGAGAUGUGUCUUUGGGCUUUAGCCGACUGCCCGACUCCUUCAGGCCCUAGCCUGGGAGGGGGUCUCAUCCUGAUUCCCAGGUGCAAACCCUGAAUAUUUAUUCAAGGAAGCUGGAAGCAGGCAGGUAGGCAGGCAUGGGUCCCUAACCAGCACUCCCUCCCCAUUCCUCCCAGCCCUGCCUGCCCUCUGCUUCCACCAGAGAGACUGAUACUACCCCCGGGCCCAAUUUAAUGUCAAGAAAGUUGACAUUGUAUCUGUAUCCACAGAGUCCCUGCACAGUUAUAUGUUAUACAUAUGCUUUAUUACCUGCAAACUCUCUCCUUCCCCACUCCGUCCCCUCUCCCCAGCCCCCUUUCCCCAUCCUCAACCCUAUCCCUGGCCCAUAUCCCCUCAUUGGGCCUAGCCCUGAGGAAUCUAGGAUGGUUGGGGCUGCAGGCAGGCUCCAGCCCCUCUACUUCUUCCUCCCUGGCCUCACCAGGGUGUGAGGUCAUUCGUAAUAAAUUAAUUUCUGAACCAUCAA